AUGAUCCGGCAGAGAUUGGCCUUUGCCAUCGGACUCACCCUCAUCACUGGCUAUGCCUUCACGGAGCUGAAGUGGUCAGCAUGCGAGAAUCUGAAGCUGCAAGCCGUGGCAUUGGGGACCGGCUCUCAGGUUCACACGGCUGACGCGGCCAAGGACUGCGUGGAGGUGCAUGAGAUCAACCCCAAGUAUGUCAGUGGGCGGCUGGUGACGAACCACAACUCACUAGUUUUCAUCACCGCGAUGUUCAACAUACUCUCCCCGCGCCGGAUCCUGCCCGAGGUCGACGCCGACUACAACAUCUCCAUGACGAAGGUGGACCUUGCUGGGUCAUCAGCAGACGAAGUUGCGAGGUGCGGAAAGUACGUGUACGACUUCCGGAUCAUCUUGUCGAGCCACAUCUCGACCGCGUUCCGAGUCAAAAUCCUUGUGAAGACCUACAUGAGGACGGCCAUCACGAAGUCGUACUACCCGCCGAUGCUGUGGUUCACGUACUCGAAGCUGGGAAAUCAUAGUAUCUACCGGAGGUUUGCGCGUGUGGCGCUGCAGUCGUGGAAGACCGUGCAGACGGUCCGGGGGAUGAUCCCGGUCCACGUGCACAUAAACGGGUACGAUGCUAAGUUGGACCGGAUCUUCCGUGCCUUUGGCGGAGUCACGCUGAAUGCCACACUGCCAAGAAACUGGACUGAGAGCUUGAGUUCUCUUUCGGGCUACAUGGCCUGCUUAGGGAAGGUCCGAAUCUUCGAACAUGCCGAGGCUGCACGCCCGCUGCUGGCUGCGAUCCCCGCAGCCAAGUACUACGACACCGAGUACGCGAUGUGGAGUGAUCUUGACAUCGUUUUUCUCGCUUCCUUCGGGAUGGAGGAGCUGCCGCGUCCUGGAGUCAUCGCCUGGGGCUCCCAAUUCAAGAAGGGCAGGUUUUUUGAAAACACGGGCGUCGUCGUGGUGAAUCUUAAGACUUUCAAGCUGGCGAUUGCAGAGAGAAUCCUGAAGAACUUCAUAAAGAUCAAGGGGGCAUGUGAGCAGGACGCCCUGAACAAAUACUUCAAGCAGGACCUCCUGGACAAGGAUCUUGACGACCAGGACAUCCUCGCGCUUCCCGAUGAGUACAACUACAAGUGCUACUGGGGAUUUUACAUUUUCAUGGCCCGAAGCCAGGAGCCACUGCUUCCUGGGCUUCUCACAGCCACUGCCGACGAGCUCUCGCCUUCCGAGAAAGAGCCGCCCUCCGAUGCACUUCGGGACCGAGGCGGCCAGCAGAUCGCGGAGGGGCUUGGGUCGAUGACGUUGUCGGGGGCGUGGGCUUCUCGACCACACUCCAAAGCGGAGGUGGACUUGGAGGGGCGGGCUGCCAUGGAGGUGGAACGCCAGGCUCUGAAAGCUCGAUUCGAAAGAGAAGCGCUGUGCCAAGGCCGAAGCCGCCAGCGUCGCCUCUGGAGACAGGUGCUUGCAUGGGAUGGCUCAUGGCAGAAGACGGAGGUCUACGAAGAGGCAGAGCUGCCAGACUUGCCCGGCGGCGAAGCCGAGGGUUCCGGAGGCAGAGCUGCCGGACUUGCCGCAAGUGCCCGAGGGCCUUGCGGCGAAGCCGACGGUUCCGGAGGACCGAUUAGCCUGCGAUCCAGAAGAUGGACGUGGGUGCCACCUUCCGUGAUCUCCGAAGAGCGUCAGGGGCGCUGGUGUACUACAUCCACGCGCAACAGCACAGCAUGGACUUGGGGGACGGCUGGCGGCAGUUGCCCUUCAACGUUGUGCUGGAGUACGUGGCGGCAUGUUAUCACGCCGAGCCGUCAUGCUACGCGGACCCCAGCUUCAGGGGCGGCCGCAGGGAGGAGGAUCAGCAUGCUGGCUUCAGAUCAUUGUGGAGCCCGAGGUAGCGAUGGCACCUUUACAUGUCCGUGUCAAUGCCUAUUCUGCUUGGUUCCAACUAUGGGGGUCCAUAAAUGCUUGCUUGUAGUUGAUGACAGUCAUAACAUACCAGGCAUUCGUGUCUCAGCCUGCCUUCGAAGAUUGCAAUGCCAUUCGCCUUUGUGUUCUCCAGUCCUUCAUGAGACUCAAGCCGCUAGGGCACAGAAUGGGUUGAACCCUUCGAUUCCGUGCCCCAGCCUGCAUGCCGGCGAGCGGUUACAGCCCAAUGCUCAGACUUCGUGGCUUUCGUGCUGUGAGUCCGAGAGGGGGAUGUUUGUCGUAUCACACAGAACUGCGUUUCGCGGAUCUGUAUGCAAACCUGGUUCUGGUGCCCAAGCCUUGACACCGACAUCGUGCAAAAGACAAUCACAAAUCUCAACCCGAUGA